AAAAAAAAAAAAGAGAUAUUGUUCUUUGCUCUUUUUCUGAGCUACUCUGGGAAAUUGUAUGCAGCAGCUAGAGUUAAGAAGCGAAAGAAUGACUCUGCUAGUAAGGAGAAAGGCAUGAUACCACUGGACAAGCUUGCGAAUAUCCAAAUUCCACCACCACUAAAGAAGCAAUUAGUUGAUGAUUGUGACUUUAUUACUCAUUUAGGCAAGCUUGUUAAACUUCCACGUGCCCCAAAUGUUGAUGAAAUAUUGAAGAAGUAUCUGGGUUACAGGUUAAAGAAGGAUAACUCGAUAGCUGAUUCAGUGAGAGAAAUUCUGAAAGGAUUACGUUGUUACUUCGACAAAGCAUUGCCAGCAAAUGGCGGCAAUACUUCUAUAUAAAAGUGAGCGUCGGCAAUAUAAAGAAGCAAUUUCAGUUGAUGUCUCUCCUUCAACUGUAUAUGGUGCUGAACAUCUAUGCGCCUCUUGGAAUGUGGAAGUUUCGACAUUUAUCAAACAUGUUGAGGCCAAUAGGGCUGGCUAAAUGAGUAAUUCUUCCUGCUAUGCCCCUAUCAAAAUUGGCUGGCUGGCAGAGUUCUACUUCUACCUGGAUAAGUUUUUUAGACAACUGUUGGGUCUGUAUAUCUUCUACUAAAGCUAAACUUUAUAUAUAUCAGGGGCUCUGUAUAAAUAAAAUGAUGCAGCACAAA